GCCGGGCCGCAGGCGCCGCCGCCGCACUUCCGGGCGCCGGUCAAGUGAUGAAUUCCCGCUCUCGCCAACACCAGGAUGCAGAAGAUAUCAGUGCUGCUCUUCCUGGCCUGGGUCAGCUUCCUCUUCUACGCAGGCAUCGCCCUCUUCACCAGUGGCUUCCUGCUCACCCGUUUGGAGCUCACCAACCAUAGCAGCUGCCAAGAGCCCCCAGGCCCUGGGUCCCUGCCAUGGGGGAGCCGAGGGGAGCCCGGGGCCUGCUGGAUGGCUUCUCGAUUCUCCCGGGUUGUGUUGGUGCUGAUAGAUGCUCUGCGAUUUGACUUUGCCCAGCCCCAGCGCUCACGCGUUCCUGGGGAGCCUCCUGUCUCCCUGCCCUUCCUGGGCAAGCUGGGAUCCUUGCAGAGGAUCCUGGAGAUUCAGCCCCACCAUGCCAGGCUCUACCAAUCAAAGGCUCACCCCCCCACCACCACCAUGCAGCGCCUCAAGGCCCUCACCACUGGCUCACUGCCUACCUUUAUUGAUGCUGGAAGUAACUUUGCCAGCUACGCCAUAGUGGAAGACAAUCUCAUUAAGCAGCUUGCCAAUGCAGGAAGGCGUGUGGUCUUCAUGGGAGAUGAUACCUGGAAAGAUCUUUUUCCUGGAGCUUUCUCCCAAGCUUUCUUCUUCCCAUCCUUCAAUGUCAAAGACCUACACACAGUGGACAAUGGCAUCCUGGAACACCUCUACCCAACCAUGGACAGUGGUGAAUGGGAUGUGCUGAUUGCUCACUUCCUGGGUGUGGAUCACUGUGGCCACAAGCAUGGCCCUCACCACCCUGAAAUGGCCAAGAAACUUAGCCAAAUGGACCAAGUGAUCCAGGGACUUGUGGAGCGUCUGGAGAAUGACACAUUGCUGGUGGUGAUUGGGGACCAUGGCAUGACCAUGAGUGGGGACCAUGGAGGGGACAGUGAACUGGAGAUCUCAGCUGCACUUUUUCUGUACAGUCCCACAGCCCUCUUCCCCAGUGCCCCACCAGAGGAGCCAGAGAUAGUUCCUCAAAUCAGCCUGGUACCUACGCUGGCCCUGCUGCUGGGCCUCCCCAUCCCGUUUGGGAACAUUGGGGAGGUGAUAGCUGAGCUGUUCUCAGAGGUCGAAGACUCCCAGCCUCACUUCUCUGCUCUGGCCCAAGCCUCAGCUCUCCAUCUCAAUGCCCAGCAGGUGUCCCGAUUUCUUCACACCUACUCAGCUGCUGCUCAGGACCUCCAAGUUAAGGAGCUUCAUCGCCUGCAGCACCUCUUCUCCAAGGCCUCUGCUGACUACCAGUGGCUUCUGCAGACCCCCCAAGGGGCUGAGGCGGCACUGCAGGCUGUCAUUCCUGAGCUGCAGCAGUUCCUGCGGGGAGUUCAGUCCAUGUGCAUUGAGUCUUGGGCUCAUUUCUCUCUGGUCCGCAUGGCAGGGGGUGCUGCUCUCUUGGCUGCUGCCUGCUUGCUCUGCCUUCUGGUAUCCCAGUGGGCAACAUCCCCAGGCUUCUACUUCUGCCCUCUCCUGCUAAUCCCCAUGGCCCAGGGUCUGACUGGGGCCAUAGCAUGUGCUGGACUCCUGGCAACUAGUGGGCUGAAGCUGGAUCCAGUGGUUCUAGGGGCUAUGGCUGCAGUGGGCUCACUUCUGCCUUUUCUGUGGAAAGCCUGGGCUGACUGGGGGUCCAAGAGGCCCCUGGCAGCCCUCCUUCCCAUGCCUGGGCCUGUCUUGUUACUCUUGUUCAUUCGCUUUGCUGCUUUCUUCUCUGAUAGCUUUGUUGUAGCUGAGGCUAGGGCCACCCCUUUCCUUUUGGGCUCACUCAUCUUGCUCCUGGUUGCCCGGCUUCACUGGGAGGGCAGGCUGCUGCCACCUAAGCUACUCACAAUACCCCGCCUUGGCCUUUCAGCCCCAACAGGCCCCCCACAGCACAAUGGUGCGCAGGCCCUGGGGCUCGGAAUCGGGUUACUUUUAUGUAUAAGGCUAGCUGGGCUUUUUCAUCGCUGCCCUGAAGAGACACCUGCGUGCCGCUCUUCUCCCUGGCUGAGUCCCUUGGCGUCCGUGGUGGGUGGUCGAGCCAAGAAUUUGUGGUAUGGAGCCUGCGUGGGGGCGCUGGUGGCCCUGUUAGCUGCUGUGCGCCUAUGGCUUCGCCGCCAUGGUAAUCUCAAGAGCCCUGAGCCCCCUGUACUCUUUGUGCGCUGGGGGCUGCCUGUAAUGGUACUGGGCACUGCUGCCUAUUGGGCAUUGGCAUCGGGGGCAGAUGAAGCACCCCCACGUCUCCGGGCCUUGGUUGCUGGGGCAUCAGUAGUGCUGCCUAGGGCUGUGGCAGGGUUGGCCGCUUCAGGGCUCAUGCUGCUUCUCUGGAGGCCUGUGACAGUGCUGGUGAAGGCUGCGACGGGUGCUCCAAGGAGCAGGACUGUCCUCACUCCCUUCUCAGGGCCCCCCACUUCUCAGGCUGACCUGGAUUAUGUGGUUCCUCAAAUCUACCGGCAUAUGCAGGAGGAGUUCCGGGGCCAGCUAGAGAGGACCAAACCUCAGGGCCCCCUGACUGUGGCUGCCUAUCAGUUGGGGAGCGUCUACUCAGCUGCUGUGGUCACGGCCCUCACCCUCUUGGCCUUCCCACUCCUGCUCUUGCAUGCAGAACGCAUUAGUCUUGUGUUCCUGCUUCUGUUUCUGCAGAGCUUCCUUCUCCUGCAUCUGCUUGCUGCUGGGAUACCCAUCACCACCCCUGGUCCUUUUACUGUGCCAUGGCAGGCAGUCUCUGCUUGGGCCCUCAUGGCCACUCAGACCUUCUACUCCACGGGCCACCAGCCUGUCUUUCCAGCCAUCCACUGGCAUGCAGCCUUCGUGGGAUUCCCAGAGGGUCAUGGCUCCUCUACGUGGCUGCCUGCUUUGCUGGUGGGAGCCAACACCUUUGCCUCCCAUCUCCUCUUUGCAGUAGGUUGCCCAUUGCUCCUGCUCUGGCCCUUCCUAUGUGAGAGUCAAGGGCCCCAGAGGAGGCGGCAGGCCCCACGGAAUGAAGCUGAGGCCAGAGUCGGUUCUGAGGAGGAGGAGGAGCCGCUCAUGGAGAUGCGGCUCCGGGAUGCGCCUCACCACUUCAAUGCAGCACUGCUGCAGCUGGGCCUCAAGUACCUGUUUGUCCUUGGUAUUCAGAUUCUGGCCUGUGCCUUGGCAGCCUCCAUCCUCCGCAGGCAUCUCAUGAUCUGGAAGGUGUUUGCCCCCAAGUUCAUUUUUGAGGCUGUGGGCUUCGUUGUGAGCAGCGUGGGACUUUUCCUGGGCAUAGCUUUGGUGAUGCGAGUGGAUGGUGCUGUGAGCUCCUGGUUCAGGCAGCUAGUUCUGGCCCAGCAGAGGUAGCCUAGGCUGCGGGUGCUGGCUCCUGGCCACGGGGAGAGCUGGAGAACAAUCUAGCCUGGCCUCUGUGGGUGCUGGAUCAUCUGAAAGAGAGGCUCAGCCACACCUCUUACCACCAUGCAGCCAAGAGCUACUGGCAUCUGGGAAUUCAUUAUUUUAUAAUUCAAAAUUAUAGUGGGGCCUGAUCCUUAACUCCUGCUUUGGAUGCAUCUGAGAGACUGGGGGAUGGUCUCCAACAUGGAAUAAAAUAAUAAUGUAAA